UUGAGGGUGUUUGAGUUGAGUGAUGAUGAAUGGAGUAUAGUUGAGCAACUCUGCAACAUGUUGAAGAUCCUCAAAGAUGCUACCAUGUUUUUUUCACGCUCAACACCAAGCCUUGCAACAGUGAUCCCGGCAAUGGAUCUCAUUGACGAGACACUCUCAACUCACAUGCUCAACAAACGACUGCUUCCAUCAAUUCGUGCGGCUUCAGGACUUGCCAAGAAAACUCUAAAUCGUUACUAUGAGCUCACUGACAGAUCUGAUGUCUACUGCAUCGCAAUGAUUCUCCAUCCACGCCACAAAUUAGCUUACUUCCAAUGCGCAAAAUGGGAAGAAGGUUGGAUUGACUUGGUGCAUACACUAGUGCGUGCAGAGUUCGAC